GCGCUCAAAUGUGAAAGCCUGUGAUUGGACGAUAUUGCAGUUGCCGCGCUCUAUAUAAUUUUUGGCCUGGUCAUCGGUCAUCUAUUCCUACAUUGCAGUUGAUAUGUAUACCACAAUGGUGUUUGCAAAGAGGGAAAGCAGGCCAUUCACAUGAUAUACAGAUCAGUAUUAAUACGCAGGCGUCAGUCGGUAUUUGAAACCCUGUGUAGCGUUGCUUCGAAAGAGCUGUGAUGAAAAUACUAGAGAAUAGGUCUUUGUCUUCAAUAAUGAUUUACAGUCUAUGCCGGUGUGGGUAAAUUUAGAGCAACCGUUUGAAUAAUUAGUCUAAAUUUGUGACGCGCGCUGUUACUGUGCGAUGCUUGAGGUCUGCACCUGUUCACUAACAUGCUGAAGCCCGUGGUGAGUGUUCCAUCUGCGUAGGAAACAUCACUUUUUGACAUUUCAAAGCCUUUUAUUUGCAUUAACUAGAGAGCGCGUUAUUUCUGCAGAGUAUUUACAGUAAGGUCUAGUUUAGCAAUUAUGCCAUGUAGGCAAGCGAACGGCUUUGUUCAGACCAGUGAUAAUAGCCUUUAGUUUCGUAAGGCGACGUUGUGGACCAUCUGUGAAGAAGGCAAGACGAAUAGAUCGCCAUAGUUUGCAGUUCCGCGAUGCUCGGCCAGUCACCUCACCUUAUUGGAGGUAUCUUGUGGAUCCAGAAUCCAAUGAGAGCUGUCCACUGCAACCUGACCCAGAAUGGGAUGGACCACCAGAUGUGCCCGGACGAUGUGACCUCUCACCUGGAGGAGGAGCCUCUGGACCAGGGCGCCAUGCUGGACGACGACAGCCCCACCUAUCAGGAUGUGAGCCCCGGGUACCAGCGCCGCUCACCGCCCCAGCGCUCCGUCUCCGAGUCAGAACUCUCACGUUCGGGGAACGUAAAGCUGUCCAAGCCGGUGGCCCUGUGGACCCAGCAGGACGUGUGCAAGUGGCUGAAGAAGCACUGCCCCAAGCAGCACCAGAUCUACAGUGACUCCUUCAAGCAGCAUGACAUCACAGGACGGGCUCUGAUGAGAUUGACGGACAGGAAGCUGGAGCGAAUGGGCAUCAUGCAGGACGGCCAACGGCAGUACAUCCUCCAGCAGGUCCUGCAGCUCCGCGUCAGAGAGGAAGUCCGAACCCUGCAACUACUCACGCAAGCCUCUCUGGAGUGUUCUCCGUAGCCCGGGCGUUCCAGGAUGCCAGCUGCCAAAAGGACCCAGUCUCCCUCGGACCUCCUACAUCUGACCCCCUCCCACCACCAAUCAGAGCUGUCCUGACCCCAACCUUAAUCCUAACUCCAAGCUUAACCCCACGCUUAGUCCCAAAACCUCAAACAUUCACACAAGUGAAUUCAUUGGCUUGUCCAGUGACUUAUCAUAGACAUUCUAUCACUUUCUUGCCUUUAACAAAGCAUUCCCACUACAUUUGUCCCUAUGCCACCCCAACUCUCCUACCCCUUCUGAAGCACCACUAGCCCAGGGCAUUCUGAGAACAAGCAUCAAGAGCUGGACAACUUAUCAACCCUCAACCGACGAUCCAACCACAAAGACUGUGGAGAACAACGAUAAAACACACAUGUCAAAUAUGGCAUCAACUUGAAAAAAACUUCUAUGUUAAUUCCUCCAUGGCCGUCCUAUGUGAAUACAACCCCCAGGAUACACCACUGAGCCGGUGUGUAACAUUCUGUUGACUUCUAAUGGUGACUUUAUAGACAUAUUGGGUACACCAGCCUUUCGCUCUUACUCUCCGUCUUCUUUCUCUCAGUCUCUCUCGCGCUCUGUCCUCACUGACUAUGUCGGCGCAGCGAGAGGGUGACACAUUUUGCACUUCUAUAUGUUCCCUUUCUCCUUCACUCUCUCUCCCUCUUUUUCCGACUAUUGUCUGCAUUGAUUCUGUGCAUUGUCAGUGUCUGGACUUGCCUGGUGAAAAUAUUGUCUCGGUUGUCCUAUCUGUGUCCUCUGCCCUGCUCCACUCUCUCCCUCCCUCACUUUGUGAGAGAGAGAACCAGGUGAAAAGUAAACGACUGAUAACCUACAUGGGACAAUUGGUGGGUUGAGAGAUGUGGUUGAGAGAGAACCAGGCAAGUGCUUCUCUACUGAUGAAGAGAACAUAAAGAAGAAAAAUAUCACACUGAAGACCCCCCCCCCUCCCCAUUUUAAAUAUGAGCUGUAUUGAAAAUAGUGUAGAAAGGAAAAUGUGCAAAAAAACAUGUACCGUGUGCAAAAAACAUGUACCAUGUGCAAAAAAAACAUGUACCGUGUGCAAAAAAACAUGUACCGUGUGCAAAAAAACAUGUACCAUGUGCAAAAAAACAUGUACCAUGUGCAAAAAAACAUGUACCAUGUGCAAAAAAACAUGUACCAUGUGCAAAAAAACAUGUACCAUGUGCAAAAAAAACAAACCAUCCAAUGUCUGCCAAGUCUAUCAGAGACAUGGCAUUUAUCUCCCUCAUUGUUUUAUGACAAACUAACUCUUUGCUGUAACUGUUAAUGUGAAAUGGCCGUUCACUGUUAAUAUAAAGGCCUUUUACUGUACUUAGAAGCACAUGGAACUGUCAUGCCAACAAUCCCGUCAAUUGCUUGGGCCAUCGUCCACUAUAUGUGUGUUUUCAAACCCUGUAGCCAGUAUGCUGGAGUGAUUCCUAUUACCCAUGUAUCACUACCACUGUAGCAUGACCUAUUGUCACCAUCACAACAACUUUCUCUCUGUGAAUAGGAAUAAAUGGGGAUCCCCCAAAAGUAAAUGGCUGUCAAGAAAUGGAAGUAGGGGAAUUCCAACCCUGGAGAAAGCCAUUAGUUUAGCUGAAUUUAAUUGCAACAUUGGGUCUUGUGUUACGAGUGUCCAUUGUUUGGAUUGAAGCUUGGCUUAUGCUGUGUAGUUGGUGGUUGGCCCAUUAGUAGCACAUUUAAUAAUAUUGAUUAAACCUUCAGGACUGUGUAGACCUACAGGCCUGGAAUAGCCCAUCCCUGACAUUGGAGAGGUAAGGAAUGCUGAUACUUAGUCACAUGGGAUGAAGUCGUUCUUAACUAAACACAAGUGGCUAUUUCAUGCUUCGGUGGAGAUCUGGUGUCAGUAUCUCUCUUGGCUAGUGGGGGCUGCCUGCCCUGCCUGCUGCCAGUUGGGGGACCUGGCACCUUCUUUUCACAUCAUCUGGAUGUCGAUAGCCGAACUGGGAGAAGUAGUCUACAGUAUUAACCCAAGGCGGUGUUUGGAUAAAAAAUAAAUAAAAUGGAACUGUAACAUGGGCUGCUCCUUCCUGCCAACUAUAACUGGGCUGUAAAUGAGUUAUUUAGUAAAGGAAGUAUUAUGACUUUGUAUAUGGUAACUCACCAUGUGACUUUCAGGGCAUUUCGAACCUGGGUCGUGUUCAUUAGGGCACACCGGAACCAAAAGUUUUGCGACAGAAAACCAGACCGAGCGUUUCUUAUUGGACAAGUCCAGGUAGACCCAUGUUUGAACCCAUUUUCUCCCGUUUGGUGCCUAAUGCACAUUACCAUGCCAGCUCUGCCAAGGUGCCGGAGGACUUGCCUGAACUGGCUAUUUCCACAAUCCCCUGAUACAUUUUUUACGCUUUUGGAAUUUAUUCAUUGGCACUUUACUAGUGCACUGUUACUCAAGAGAAAACCUUACUUUCUUAUUGCACAAGACAAACCUUAGUACAUCACCCACACAUACAUGCAAAUGGAAGCAGACUUACAAGGAAUUAUGUGACUACACAGUCAGACAUUACAUUCACAGGUGUAUAUAAAUACAUAUGCCUAUAUUAUGCACGCGCAAACACAAACACACAUAGGACACAUACACGUUAACACACUUAAACUAAUACAACUGUUAAAGGGAUAGUUUGGGAUUAUGUUUCCGAGUCCACUAUAAAGGAAGUUAGCAUUGGCUCGUGAAACUACCUCUAGCUAGUUUAGGGCAAAAACUAGAACCUAUCCCUUUACAGUUUUUCUCAAUCGCGUACAAGCAGUUUUUGUGUCUGUGUUGGAACAUCUAUAGCAGAAAACCGCAAUGAUGAAAUGCUCAAAUACAUUUACAGAACUUCUGGUCAUUUUCUUGUCUUAAUACCUGACUUGCAUAUCUUAGAUCACCAUUUGCAAAACGUUUAAAUUCAAAUGUCAUCAGUGACUACAAAAUGUACUGUUACGUGUUCUGUUCACAUAAUAUAACACAAUUACGGCCCUGCCACACUAUAGCCAUCGGGCGUCUGGCGUUGCCAUCAGCUGUUGAGAAAAGGCUUCCUUUGAAAUCGAAGAAAGCUACCUCACUGUCAGUGUUGCAUCACGUCCAAUGGCAGCAGCGCCCAAACUCAAGAAUCGCCAUGGUUAAAUUGUCGAUGGCUGAUGCGCGAGUUUAUUCUAUCUUGUGAAUUGAAAUAAUGAGAAAUAAAGUUGCUUUUGGUUGCAUAUGGCUUUGACUACCCCGCGGUUUAUUUUACGUUCACAAUGUAAACAAAAGCAACUUCCGUAAUUAGAGAACAGAGAAUCAUUUAAUACAACUAAUAGGAACAACUUAAUCAGUAAUUCUGAAAAACUGGACAAAAGAUAUUGUACUUAGGCAUAAUUGAUGAAUACGGAACUGUACAUUUGGGGAAAAUAUAAUGAAGACGCUCUCAAAACAACGCGUUGUGACGCAACGCUGGUGGCAUGGCAACGAAAAGCUUAAAUCAGGAGAGAACUUUGUGCGAUUGUGCUCACUGUUUCCGGCAAUCCGUACACUGCACACAUUUCUAAAUCACCCCAUCAGUGUCAUAUUAUGUAGCCCUAAAAUAUAUGGAAAGGUCUAGAUGACUGUUGGGACUGUCUAGUUGUUAUGACAUUAUUUUUGACAAUAUUGCAGACAUUCAGAGAUGCACAUAAUUAAGUAAUCAUGUGGCCUAUUCAUAUCAGUUUGUGUUCCUCCACCUUACCAUAUUUCUAUUGCGUAUGGUUUUUCUGUGAACCAACGGAAAGUCUACAGAACAAUGAACAAACCAGCCUUUGUAUUGAGUACAUGGAAUUGGAUUGUGAUGAUAUUGAUGAAUGAAUCGUGUGCACACAAUGUGCUUUUUUUUUAUCAGGACUAUUUGAUGAGUAUGAAAUUGUUUGGUGAAAUAUGCAUAAGGACAGGAAUUGCCCAUAACUCUGCACCUUUGGAUAGUUGUACUUCUACUUUUGAUCAUCAUGAUUUUCUGACUGUAAAUAAAAUGUAUUGAUCUACUGGGAUUUGUAAAAGCCAGACUAACUUCCUGUUUUGUCUGCUCGGACUCAAAAGAGAAGUUUGGUUGCGUUCAUCUUCCUGUAGGUAGUGGUGUUCUUUUGAUGAAUCUAUUAGCAAUGUUGAUGGUAGGCUAUAAUAUCAUUUUGAUGAAUGUAUUUUAUGUUUUGAGAAGGCAACUACAUUUUUGAAAAGGCAUUUGACUCUUUUCCAAAAGUCCACGGAGUUCUGUGUUCUGGUGACCACUGUUUUGAAAAUUGACAACAUUGUUCCAAAAAAUGCUUGAAAUCGAUUGAGAAAAACGAAUGUACGAUUUUUUGGCCAGUUUGACAGCAUGUUUUUUUUAAACUUUAUGGUGGGUUUUUGUAUCAAACAGGCAUGCAGACCAGGUCCACAAUCUACAUAUAGGGUGCCUAAUCAUGGAUAUCAAUGAAAUAUUAUAAAUAUAUUAAUAAAUAUAUUAACCUGUA